GCGUCGGUUUUGAAAUGACAGUUCGCGGCGUCUCAACAGCUGUUCGACCAUUAACUCAACCUAAAAGCGCAAUUUUCAAUCAGUUAUUUUAUUUCACGUGUAUAGCGACGUUAAAAAUACUGUAAAAAGACUUUUGCUUGAAGAUUUAUGAAAUAAUGGAAGAAGACGCAGGCGUCAAAGCUCCUGUGACACGUUUAAGAAGAAGACUGUCUGUUGAACAGACAGAAGAGAGCAAAUCACCAGCUGUCAGCACGCCAACUAAGAAAAGAGGUGGCCGGAAGGCUGCAAAACCGGAACUAGAACUAAUUGAUGAAAACACUCCGACUAACACAACAACAAGAAAGGCAACAACAAAGACAACAACAAAAGAUGUUGUGGAACCUGAAGAGAAGAAUUUGACACCAGCAAGACGGACAACAAGAAUUAAAUCAAACACCAGCAUUAUAUCUGAGACAGCUCUUGCAGUUGAGUCACCCAGAGCUAAAAGAGCUGCUCGCAGAGCAUCAACUACAGGCAGUGAUUAUGAAGCGGCUGUCACACCUAUCAGACAAACCCGUAGGACUAGAAAAGACUCUACUUCUAGCAUUGAAAAAGAACCACAACAACCUCCUCCUAAACAAGAAAUACAAAUAACUGAAGUUAUCAUAGAAGAACCUGAUAGUAUUACUACUGUAAAGUCUACACCUCAGCCUGAAAAAACUCCAUCAACAAAUCCCCGUAAAAGCCCUCGACUAUUAGAGAAAAUUAAUAAAACUUCUCCUGGUAAAGUAAUUGAGCAAUCCUCUGAUGAAAGUAAGCCAGCUACUAAUCAUAGUAAAAAUAGUGCAGAUUCAAUUAGCAUUUCCCAACAAGAACCUACAGACAACUCAAAAAGGGAUUCUGAAACAUCACAAGAUGCAUUGUCAACUGUCAGCGAUAGUAUAAUAAAAGAAGUAAACACUACACCGAAAAAGUCAAAAUUACGUAAAAGUUUUUCAAGUGCAGAAAGUAAAGAAAACUUAACGAAAAGAAAUCGAACUAAAUCAUGGACAAAUCUAUCUGCCUCAAGUAAUAGUAAAUUAUAUAGUGACAAUGAGAAUGCUCAAAAUGGAAUUAUAAAUGAUCUUAAAACACCUUUGGUUAUUCUAAACAAUGUUAGCUCGAUACAUUCUUCAUCAAAUGCAAGUUUGAAUCAAGAUCAAAACAUAGCAGACAAAUCCAUUUCAAGUCCAAAAAAAAAAGACUGUGUGAAUUUACAAGUUGAGAACAUAGAUGUACCUGACAAGACAAAUAGCAUUCAGAAUAAAAAUAAGACAGAAAGCGAAACUGUUUCGCUUGAUAAAUACAUGAAUACUAAACAACAAAGUAAAGAUGCAUUAGCAAGUGAAAUUUUUAAGAAAAAUCCAAGCAGGGACAUGAAGGUAACGCUAUUUAUAGAAGAUACACCUGACUCCAAUUCCGAUAAAAUAAAUCUGCAAACAAGCCAUGAUAAUGAAGACCAAUGUGUUCCAGAGGUAGUGCAUCCCGUUGAGACAUUUCAAUCAGAAUUAAACUCGUUCUCAUCAACUUUAGAUAAACAAAAUAUGUUAAACAAAUCUAAAGAGCCAAGAGACAACGAUUGUGAACCAAUGGAUAUCGAUGAAACUAUACCUGAAAAUUUAAUCAUGGCUGGUGCGCAAACCCCUGAAAAGAAUACAAGUAGCAUUAAAUUGUCGUCUACUAAUCUUCAUACCUCAAAUUUAACUACUGAAGAAAUGGAAAAUGUAUCCAGAAGACAGUCUUCUAUUAUUCAAAGCUUAAAUAAAAGUGAAAUAGCCACUAAAAGUACCCUUAUAUUGUCACAAAUAAAAGAUUCGCCUACCGGGGUUGUCAAUAAUCUGGGGAAAUCACUUCAAGUCUCAAAUAAUGAACUUUUAUCGCAAUCCGUAGACGACUUAAAUAUAACUCAAGAAAGUGAUGUAAAAAAAAAAUUAUCUCUUCAUUAUUCAACAAGUACUCCUUUACAAGAUAAAAAUAUUCAAAAGCUUAAAGGAAUACAAGUCAACACUUCAAUCAUUGCUAUGCAAAAUAAUGAUAGCAAAAAUAUUAUCAAUCAUGUUGGUAAUUUAUCGAAGAAUCAAUAUGAAAAUCUUUCCGAUAAAAAUGACAGCGUGGCGUCACAUGACGGCAAUCUAAAAGAUACUCUGAAAAGAGAGAACUCCGAAAGAAACACUGACACGAGCAAAAAUAAAGGGAAAGGCAGAAACUCGUCAAAAAAGUAUAUUGAAAAUGAAAUGAUUCACUCCUCUGAAGAUGAAAAAAUGUAUUCUGAAAAAGAUAAAUCAAUUGAUAAUCAUACUAAUAUAAGCAUUAACGACAAAAAGGUAUGCACAUCACAAAAUAAAAGCAAAUCUGCAGAUAUACCUUCUGAAGAAAAACACAUCAAUGAGUCCGACGACGACAAUGCAGAAACAAGCAGUUUACGUAAUGAAGUAUUCAAUGCUAGUGGCAACUAUAAGCCUGAGGAAAAGGAUAUCAAAAGUGAUAUGGUAAACUCUUCUCAGAAUGAAAAAAUGGAGUCUGACGGAGAUACAUCAAUUGAUAACAAUACAAAUAUCAAUCUUAGCGACAAAAACGCAUGCAAAUUAGAAAACGAAAGCAAAUCUGCAGAUUUACUCUCUGAAAAACAAAAUACUUCAUCAGAGUCAGAGGAAGAAUAUGAAUCUGAUGAAGACUCGGUAGAAAAAAGCAAUUUACUUGAUGAUGAAGCAUUCGAUGCUGGUGACGACUAUGAGUCUGGGGAUAGUCAAGAUGACAGUGAACGACAAUUUGAAAAAGAAAAUGAGAUCAUAGAUAAAGGUGUAACGUUAACAAGUGAAGAAGAAUUUUCUGACGAUUCUGACUAUGAAAAAGACUCGUUCUUAGUAAGUUCCAAUGAAGAAGAUAAUGAAUUAUUAGAUGGUUCUGAUGACGACUUGUCGAUGAGUGAUAAUGAACUUAAAAUGACUACUACGUCCAAGAAAAAGUUCAAUGAAAGAAAAGUAAAAGAGCAAAAGAAAGCUUCCAGAGAAAUGUUUGAGUCACGGCAUAAAUUAAACUCUUCAAAAAAUAGUUCAAAUGCAAGCAUAUUAAGUGCGACCAAAAAUAAGAAACGUCUCCAGAUUAGUUCCUCAGAAUCAGAGGAAGAUAUACCAGCGAAGCCAAAAAAAUAUAAUAGAUUACGAUUAGACUCUACCAAAGAGGCUAGUUUACUAAACGACGAAAGUGAGCACAAGAUUUCGAAAAAGAAAAAUAGACACCUUCCUGAUACCAGCAGUAGCGAUGAAAGUAUACCAAAGGAAAAAGAAAUAACCAUCUGUGAUGAAACAAUUAAAGAAAGUGACCCAUUAUCUCAGAUAAAAACAGAACCCAAGACUCCAAUAAAAAGUGCCAACUCUUCUAUAGCGUUUAUGGAUACAGAAAACGUUAAUAAUGAUGAAAUAGAUAAAAAUGAAUCAACAAUGACUCAAAUCGAGGUUGACGAUCCAUUGCAAGCUACAAUGGCUGCAGAUGACGAGUCUCUCAGUAGUGACAAUGAAAAUAUAAUGCAGAAUUAUGACUCAGUAUUGCAAGAUUUAAACAAAAACAAAAAUUCAAAAGUCAAAGCCUGUGACAUUUCAUUAAACCUAGACAAUAAAAAGAAAAAGACAGCGAAGGUUGCUCUAGUAGACGAGUUAAAUUUAACUCAACUAAAAUCGCCUAGAAGAACAAAAAGUAAACAUACAGAAGAGGUUAAUAACAGUGCCGAAGAAAUGCUAAGCAACACAGCAGAAGACGCGUCAUCAGAUUCUAUUGAUUUACAUUUGUUAUUCUCCGAAGACAGUAAUAGUAGUGAAACUUCGGCGUUGCAGAAUAAAAUGAAGACGGCUAAUGAUGACUCUGAAGUAUUUAUACCUUUGAAAAAAACUGAAGCCAAAACAGACAUUCGUGAAAGUAAAGAUGAAGAGCAAUCUAUGGAAGUAUCAUUCAAUCAAAGUAUUGUUAAGGCAAAUAAACGAAAGUCUCAACAACAUGAAAGUACUUCAAGCGGAGAUGAACAUCCCAGCUUCUUUAUUGACACUGUGGGAACACUGGGUGAUCCAUCAGACAAAACGCAUGAUGACAGUUUAAAGAUAAACAAAAAACAAUCGACAGAAAACAGUAGCUUUGCAAUGGAAAAAUCAGUGAAUAAGUCAGUCAGUAAUGCAAAAGCCCAAGAAAAUUCUGAAGAUGAUUCUCCUCUUGAGAUCUCGUAUAAAAAAGAAAAGAAACGAUCUUCCAAAGUGGCAGAUGUUUCUUCUGUGGCAUUUGAAAAAGAUACCAAUGACAAAAUGUCCAAUUCUAAAACACCGUCCAGCGAAAAGAAAAAGAAAAACAAAUCAAUGGAUGCUAAUAUUUCCGUACAAGCAACAGAAGAUCUUGUAGCAGACCAAACUAUCAAUAAAUCAAUUCUUAAAACGCCUGGUAGCGAAAAGAAACAUAAAAAGAAAUCAAUGGAUGCAAAUAUUACAGUACAAGAAGAUUGUGUAGCAGACAAAACUGUCAAUAAGUCAAUCACUAAAACUCCUGCCAGUGGAAAGAAACGUAAAAAGAAAUCAAUGGAUGCUGAUGAUAUCUUGGAACAAGCAGAUUCUGAAGCAGAGCAAACUAUUAAUAAAUCAACUAAUAAUACACCCGGCAGCGAAAAGAAACUUAAAAAGAAAUCAAUAGGAGCUGAACUUGUAGUACUAGAAGAUACCACAGAUGUAGCAGUCAAAACUCUCAAUAAGUCAAUCGCUAAAACACCCAACAGUGAAAAGAAACAUAAAAAUAAAUCAAUGAAUGUUGAUAUUUCAGAACAAGCAGAUUAUGUAGCAGAUAAAACUAUCAAUAAGUCAAUCACUGAAAUGCCCGGCAGCGAAAAGAAACGUAAAAAGAAAUCAAUGAAUGCUGAUAUUUCGGAACAAGCAGCAGAGACCACAGAUGUAGCAGACAAAACUCACAAUAAGUCAAUCGCUAAAACGCCCAACAGUGAAAAGAAACAUAAAAAGAAAUCAAUGAAUGCUGAUAUUUCAGAGCAAGCAGAUUCUGUAACAGAUACUAUCAACAAGUCAAUCACUGAAAUUCCCGACAGCGAAAAGAAACAAAGGAAAUCAGUGAAUGCUGAUAUUUCGGAACAAGCAGAUCCUGUGGCAGACAAAACUCUCAAUAAGUCGAUCGCUAAAACUCCCGCAAGUGAAAAGAAACUAAAAAAUAAAUCAAUGGAUGCUGAAAGUUCGGAACAAGCAGAUAUCGUUUGUGACAGUACUGAAAACAAAUCUACUUCGAAAAUUUCUAACAGCGAAAAGCAAAAUAAACACCAGUCGGGAUCUCAUGCUGGACAAAAUGACGAAAUCACAGAAAAUACUGAAAUAAGUUCCAAGAAACGCAAACGGCAAUCAUCUCUGAAUACCACAAAAGAGGAAAUACAUCCUACUGAUGUCGCUGAGGUAUUGAAAGACUCGCUCGGCAAUGAAAAGAAAAAACGGAAGAUUGCUACAGAAGACGCAACGGCUACGGUUUCAGUUGAAAUAACCGUCAAGAGAAACAGAAAGAGAAAAGAACCAGAACAAGAUGUACCAUCAAAUCAAACCAAAAAGAUGGUGAAGGAAGCGCCAGUGUUUAACAAAGUGCCACGUCUGCCUUCUACUGUGUUGAAGCAAUUAGAUAAUGCACCGGACAAACAAGUGUUAAACCAAAAACCUGAAGUGAUAUCAACAACACAAUUCCUCGUUCAAGAAGCAAAAAGGAGGAAGACAAAACCAUCGAACUAUUUAGAAGAGAGUAUUUACCUCAAUGAUCAUACUGAAAACACAAGAAAUGUCAAGAAACGUCUUGAAAAGCCAAAAGUUCUACCGUUUGUACCCACAGCAUCGACAUCUAGCAGCGGCUUUACAACAAACUUUAAAAUUAAUGUUGUACCCAAUGAAUUCAAAUUUGUUGCCCAAUCAAAUUCAGUCAGUCAAAGUUUCAAGGACAAUUAUUUGUAUGGCCCUAAAAUUAAACGCGUAGGCACGUAUGAUUUACACAAAAGACGAAGAAACAUAAAAUUGUCCAAAUUCUAAUUUUUUUGUUUUAGUUCAGACAUAAAUUGUAUGGAGAUAAAACCAAUAAAAAUUAUUUUUAGUAUGAGUGCCUGCUUCGUUAUAUAAUUGCCAUAUAGAAAAAAGUGCCUGUGACUACCAAAUAAGUUUAUAAUGUAAUUUCUUGUUAUGUAAAAGUGUACCUUAUGGCAUAUUUAUAUGUUAAGUUCACUUGUUUAAAUGAAAAUAGUUUAAAACUGUUCCGCCUUAAGGUAAAGACACACUCACUGACUUGUUAAACUUGCAAUUGAUGAGAGUAAUUUAGUUUUUAAUCUUGAUAUUGGAUGUUUUAAUUAUGUAUCUGUUUUUUUUUCUGUUUCGUCGACAGCAUUGGAUCAUCAACACAGGAGCCGAAAAAUUCUCUGACUACCCACCUAUAUGUUACAGUCUCAAUAUUAUUAAACCUAAUGUCUUUAAUAGAAUAUAUAAUGUAAGAGUUGACAUGAUUGUUAUAAUUUGGUAGAUAAUCAUCAAGAUCAUCUGUCAUCUCAGACUGACAGAGGAAUAGCAUUCCAAUGACUUGCCUAACGGCCGUUUGCAAUAACCUAUCUAUCCGCCAUUUCGCUUACUAAAGUUAAGAAAAUCUAUCUUUCUGUUCUUAUCUGCUUUUCAAUAACCUACUGAUAGAUAGUUUGAGUAUGUAAAGAUGUUACUGAUAAUCGAGGAUAGCUAUCUAUCCGUAAUUUUGGGUAGGUUAUUAAAAACGGCCUUUAAUCCUUCUGAUCUUACUUAUACUGUAUUGUUUAGUUUACUUGUUCGAUAGACGCUUGAAUAUUAAUAUAAGGCUGACGAGAUUUAUUUUAUUAUUACCAACCAACCAUUUAUUUUAUUAUUAUAAACUUGCUGUUUGAUUUUUAACUUCUCUGAUUUUACUAUUUUUUGUUAACAUUAUUAACUAAUUUUAACUGAAAUAUGUGAAGCAGGUCUGCUACUAAAGGAUGUCUUCACAAAAGUAAACUAUUAAUCUAUGUAUUAUAAUUUUAUUUGUUCAACAAACUCUUGGACACCAAUAAUGUUUAUGCUCACAUUUCUUAUUAUUUUUCAAUGUAAGUAAUUUAUUAAUUUUAACUUAACAUCUUAAUUUUAACUAAAACAUCUAGCAGGCCUGUGAUUGUUUUAGAAUAUGAAAUAUUGUUUAAAGUUCGUUAUAUUGACAAUUGUUAAAAGUUCAAUAUAUUUAGCUUAUUUUUACUUUUAUGUACCUACGUGCGUUGAUUUACAUAAUGUUUCUAUAUAACGUGUUUUCAGUAGUAAUUUUUUUUUCAUUUUGUCCCAAUGGAAAAGUCAUUCAACGUUGCUUUGUUUAUUAAUUUGUUAGACAACCCCUCAAGGUUCCUAUUUAAUUCCCUCAAAUGUAAACCUGAAUGAAUAUAACUGGUAGAUAUAAGAACUAGGUAAAAAAUCAUAAAUCAUGUGCUAAAAAUAAAUAAAUACUGGAUUCGUACGAUUAACUAUACUAUUUUCAAAAUAUUUCCUGAUUUUGAAUCGUAAUAUUUGGUCUAAUUUAUUGUUUGUAACGUAGUUUACAUUUUAAGUUUCCCGCCAUAAAAUUAAGGUUACCCUAGAGGGAGCUACUAUGUUAUGUUAAAAAGGGAUCGCCCAUGUGCGGUGUUUUUAAUUAUAAAUUGAUAACGCUA